UCUUCUUUCUUCAUCGUCAUCAUCUCUCUUCUUCUACGAAAGAACAAUCGUAAAACAAACGCGUCGUGAUCUUUUCCCCAAAUUCAAAUAAAACCCCAAUCCUCUGUUUUGGGAAUUCGAUCUGAAUCGAUUUCAACAUGGGUAACACAGACAAGCUGAUGAAUCAGAUAUUCGACCUGAAGUUCACGUCGAAGUCUCUGCAGAGGCAGUCAAGGAAGUGCGAGAAGGAAGAGAAGGCGGAGAAACUCAAGGUGAAGAAGGCGAUCGAGAAGGGGAACAUGGAUGGUGCUCGGAUCUACGCCGAGAACGCCAUUCGCAAACGCAGCGAGCAGAUGAACUACCUCCGCCUCGCUUCUCGCCUCGACGCCGUUGUUGCUCGCUUAGACACUCAGGCCAAGAUGGCAACCAUCACCAAAUCCAUGACUAACAUCGUUAAAUCCCUCGAGUCUUCCCUUGCCACAGGCAAUCUACAGAAGAUGUCAGAGACUAUGGAUUCAUUUGAGAAGCAGUUUGUGAACAUGGAGGUUCAAGCUGAGUUCAUGGAGAACGCCAUGGCUGGUUCUACAUCAUUGUCUACUCCAGAAGGCGACGUCAACAACCUGAUGCAGCAGGUAGCAGAUGAUUACGGUCUUGAAGUCUCUGUUGGAUUACCGCAGGCUGCUGGUCAUGCCAUCCCUACUUCGACAGAGGAGAAAGUUGAUGAGGAUGAUUUGUCAAGGAGGCUUGCAGAGCUCAAGGCCAGAGGUUGAACCAUAUGCUUGGACCAUCUGCCACUUAGGACACAGAUCCUUAUCGAAAUAUUACAGCUAUUAUCUGCGAACAUUGACGCAUUUGUUUAUAUUGCUCACUUUGAGACAUGCUUUGUUUACUAACUUUAUAUAAAACCUUCGUGUGUGCUUUCUUUUUACCAUUUCAAUGAUAUGAUUUCGAUA